AAAGAACAAUCUCCAUAUCCUUUUAAUAAUUUUCAAAAGAUAUUCGGCAGCUCAGUGCAUUAAAUCGAAAUGCAAAAUCUUUUUAAAGUUGUUAAAGGCAUACUAGUAUUUCAUUAGUGAAGUCAAAAUUGAAUAAUGGAUGCUACAGUACAAGUAAUAUUAUACUGCGUGAUUGUGAUAUCAAUCUUCAGUUCUGAUGUACAUGGAGUGGACUAUUGCUAUGGCUCUUACUACUGUGAAGACGGAUACCAUUGUUGUGACAAUAAUACCCAAUGUUGCUCUGACACAUUUACUGGUGCAAUCGUUGGUAUAGUGAUCGGAUGUAUCGCUUUGAUCAGCUGUUGUGUUUCUGUGAUAUGCUGUGUAAGGAAGCAUCGUCAGCAACCUGGCCAAACCGCCCAGCCAGCACAGCAACCUGGUGUUGCGAUGAUCGCAACUGGACAGCCACAAGAUCAACCGGGAUACGGUCAACCGAUGUAUGGGCAACCUAUGUAUGGACAUCAACCAUACGGUCAACAGCAAUAUGAUGGCAGUAACAAAGCAGAAACAAACAACCCAGCAUAUCCACCGCCGCUGCCAAAUUAUUAGUGCAAAAAAGAAGUGUUUGUGCGCAAAUUGUGAAACGUUUGUUUGUUUGUUUGUUUUGGGUUUAACGCCGUUUUUCAACAGUAUUUCAGUCAUAUAACGGCGGGCAGUUAACCUAACCAGUGUUCCUGGAUUCUGUACCAGUACAAACCUGUUCUCCGCAAGUAACUGCCAACUUAUACUAUGUACUUUUUACCAUUAUUUUUAAGCACUUCGCAUAUAAUCUAGCUUUUUAUUAUCAGAUAGAUACAGUUGAAUAUCAACGGCAUAUAAACUGUUACUGAAAUAAUAAGAAAAGUCUCAGUAUCGUGUUUUUACCCUUACUUUGCCAUACAGAAGUGGCUCUCUAGUUUGUGCUGCACCUGAAACACACCCUAGUUAAACUUUAGACAUAUAAAUCGUAUAAAAUUUGCUCUUCAUAAACAGUUUUGAAAGUAUAUAUAAACUGAUAUAUUUUUACUUUUUGAAAUCAUUAAAUACUUGUAUUUCCGUAAGUAAUGCACACAUGACUCUUAUUAUAUACACUUGUAGUUAAUAGGGUUUUUAAAAUUUCUUGAACUGAUCUGUAAAUCUUGUUUUAUCUAAUUCUAUUUUGUUUGAAAUAACCACAGUAAUAAUUUCAUCUACGCUAAAAAUAACGCAACUUUAUAAACAUAAUCAAAAACAACGCUAGAGAGUUUAAACCGGUUAACUAGUUAAUUAAGCGUAUCUCUCAUUCUAUAACUCCUUGAUAUCCCAAUGUCCCAGUGAACAUCACGUAGUCCUUCACCUGUCCCGUCAUUCACAAUCAAAUAGGACAGCAUAGCGUCCAACCGUAAAAAUACUGGACAACAAAUGUGCGGUGUGUCUAAAAACAGUAAGGCCAUAAUUUAUAAUAUUUUAUGACCAAGAAUCAACAACUAAAACUACACAAAGACUGCGAAUGACAAUGAUAUGUUUCACAUUGCACUAUACACUAUAUGUGGCUUUUGACAGCAGAAGUCUACGUUAUUUUAAUAGACCUCGUAUAUUGAUUACAUUCAUUGAAACCUUCAACAUGACUACACGCCCAACCAAAUAAUCCUUAAAUCUUUAUAAUGUAUGUUAAUAUGUAAAAAAUAUUAGCACCCACAGUUUUAUACGGAAUCAAUGUAGCUUUAUCUAUACUGCUGUUUCUGAGAAGCACUACUUUCAAAUUUUGUUUUUUUACGAAAAAGCUUCCUAUCUGAUAUACGGUAUUUCAAUUAUACCUACACUUAAACCAUUAUUGACACAAUAUGUUCAAUCACGUACGGCAACAAGCACUGUGAAUAAUUGAGACAACUUUUAUAAAGACCAUUAAGUGUAACACUAUCAAGUACAAAAAUGCAUACACAAAUACCAGUGACACGUUAGAGGUGUCGUAUGUCAACAGAAACAAGUUCUUUAAUGCAAUACGUUGUUUUUAUGAAAUAAAAAUCUAUUGAAAGGUUUCUUAAUUGGCCUUUAGUUAAUUUUGAAAACGUUUGCUGCUACCAUCGGAUCAAAGUGUUUAAAUUAUUAAAAUUAUUUUGGCAGAUGAAAAAAUCCGUAUUCAGCAAUAUCAAUGGCUUUUGUUAGUUAUUAUGUGUGCAAAAUAGAACAUUUAGAAUUUUUAUGAGGAUAUUGCAAUCUAUUAUAUCUUUUGUAAAUGUGUAGUAAUGUAAAUAUCCCGGACGACGAUGGGUAUUCUAUAAUAUGUUUGAUUAUUUUAAUAGGUAGAUGUUAAACGUACACAGUUUAUUAAAGACAUGUACCAAAUCUGCUACACUGACUUGAAUAUUAUAUUGAAAACCAAACAUACCUGAUUUAUAAUGACGAUUCAAAAUACGUUUUAUAGGUAGGUUGUGCUGCAGUCAGUCAUCGAACAAAAUUACGUUUGCUAAAUAACGCAACAUUUUCAGCCAAGGCAAAGGCUAAUGAGUUAGCACUACAUUUUAGAUCAAAAUAUAAUGAAGACAGUUUUAUUAUUAUAUCUAAAAACUACAAGCUUCACAAAACUGAAUAACUAGAUUGGUUUUAUACUUACCUACUAGAACCAGUAUUAAUUAUGAUUUUUUAGAAAAACUCAAUACUCAAUAAGUAUGUGAAAGACCGAUGCAACUCCGUCUGAAUCAUGCAUUCAGCAUUUUUCACGAUAAAUGUCCAAACUAUUUGAGACAAAACUUUACUAAAGUGUCUGAGAUACAUUCGAAAAUAAGAUUCAAUAAAAAAAAUUGUAGGUCCUAAAAUGUUUUCCUCUGAGUCAAAGACAUUCUUCUAUCAGCCAAUUUCAGGUUGGAAUGCUCUACAAAGCAGCCAAAAAAUUAUAAGAAGUAAAUCAAGGUUUACAUCUGCUUUAAAAGCACGUUCUUUUAAAGAAGGUACAUCACAGUAUUCACUAGAGGAAAGCGAAAACAUCCAGUUGUUAUUACUGAGGUACUUACUAUAAAUACACACUCUUUCGUACUUCUUUUUUGUUUAUUUUGUUUAUUCUUCAUUCGCGUGUUAGUUUUUCAUUGUUUGAUUUUCUUUGUUUUUCUUUUUAUUUUACAACAUAUAAUUUAAUCGGUACCGUAAUGAAUUUGAACGAGUCGAGAACCCCAUUGGAAAUAAGUGCUUUUCAAACUACUUGCAUGAAUUAUCUUUGCUAUAAGAUCAACAGAAUCAGAGAAUAUUUAAGAAGCAGGUCGAACCAAACUUGAAAUAACUAGCAAAUUGUCAAUUUUUAUCAUCACUUUUAUUAAAAAUAUUUAUUUAUGGUUUUUAUUUAUGUUAUGCAUUACUAUGAGAAUGUAAGCCACAUGUUAGUUUUAGGAAAUGUUUGCAUAAAUUUUAUAUAUAUUACAAACCGUAUCUUACUUAAUGUGAUACUUGUAUUUUUAAAUUGUGUUUAACUUGUUAUAUGAUCUUAUAUAGUAGUCGUAACUUGACCGCGAUGGUUGACCUUAGGCUGAUUAUUCGUAUCGUUUAUUUCAUUGUAGAAAUAAGGGAUGCUUAGGGUGGCCGUUAUAUUUAUAUGGAAUGAGUUUGUGUACAUCGUUUUACGUACGCACCUUUUCAAAAAUAGGUUGUGUCUCAUUAUUCAUAAUGUAUUAUAAUACAAAGGUCGGGGUCAAGUUGCGUCUGCUACAUGUAUACUUGAAUCUAUUUAUUAACGCAGCGUUUUGUUUGAAACAUUAAAUAUAAAAGCAUCA